AUGCUGGUCCUCAGGCAUGACAUAGCUCCAUAUGUCAGCAGACACAAAAUCAAUUCCUCGGGCACUUAGAAAGGAGAUAGAGGGGUACACUAAGCUACCGGUACUAUUGCAAAAAAUAUGUGACAGGACGAGGGCAGACAUAAUAGGGCCUAUAUUCCAAAAAAAAGGACGGGUGAAAUCAUUAUAAUAGAAUUUGUAAUGCAAUCGGCGAAUGUACUUUUUUACGUGUAUCUGUUCAUUUACAGACUGGUGAACUACCAUAAAGCUGUAGAGAACCAUUUCGUUCGGUAGUGAUAAAGCAAAGAGGCAUUACUUUCAUUUUAGUAGUGAUUCAUACAGUAACAGAGUAACAACGUUGUCUCAAAUCGAUUGAUGCUAGUUCUAGAUCUAGAUCUUUUUGAUUUACCCACAAUUAAACAAGUUCUGUGUCUUACCAGUGAUGGAGCUACCUCAUAUAGGCAAAAACUGUGGAUUUUCUUCUUGUAACCAGCUGGAUUUCUUGCCAUUUGAGUGUGAUGGAUGCGGAUUGACAUUUUGUUUGGAACACAGAUCAAGAGAGAGUCACAUGUGCACUGCUUGCAUCUUACUGUCAGAUAUUGAGGUGAGCACUUCAUUACCAGCAGAAUACUCAGGAGAGAAGUCCUAUUCUUGCUGCAUAGAUGGCUGUAGUAAAAGAGAGUUGACUCCAAUUCUGUGCAAUCAUUGCAUGCUUAACUUUUGUUUAAACCAUCGUGUGCAAGAAGACCACAAGUGCGUGAAGUUACCAGAGAAAAAGCCGGAAGUAUCUAAAACCAGUCAGCAUGUACAGAACAUACUUGAACAAAGAGCUAACAAACCACUGUCACAACCACGAUUCACCAACCCGAAGUCAAUUCAGUUGGCAGCAAAAGUGAAGCUGAUGAAGAUGAAGGGUGUGGCAGUGGGUGAUCAGGGCAUUCCACAAUCAGAGCGGAUCUUCUUCAACAUUGUUCUACCAAAGUCAUCGAGCAAACCAUCAGUGCCGAUGUUCUUCUCAAAGUGCUGGACAGUUGGCCGUGUCAUUGACAAAAUUGCUGACAAGUUGAACAUUACCAACACAAACAAUGCUGGCUCUGAUAAGAAAUUACGACUGUUUCAUGCAGACACGGGUUGCCUGAUGCCCGUCAGCAGCAGUGUGGCAGAAGUAAUGGACAACACUGACAACCUUGUCUACAAUGGCUCCAGUCUCAUCCUUGAACAUGUUCCUGAUGACACCAAUGUGUUACCUGGUGUUGAAAAAUACAAAAAAUGAUCCUGUCACAGAUGUUAGCCUUGGAUAUAUGUGAUAACAAUUUGAUUAUUAGAUUUUCUCCUGGUAACUUUAUUUAACUGUUUUAAAUGUUGAGAUUUUUAAGGUUGUCUUCAGGUGGGUAUCUUUUCAUAUUGGAAAUUGUUUUAGGAAGCUUUUUACAGCACUUGCAGUGCAAUUUGGUCAUAUAAGUUCCGAGGAUUAGAGGUGUUAUAAGAGAGUAAUGAGCACGAAAAGAAGGAGGAGAAAUAAGGGUAAUAGAUAUUUGCUAGGAAAGAAAAAGCAAAUCUCAACAGAGCACCCACCAUCCACCCACCAAUAAUCUUCCUGCUGCAUGUACUCGGAUACAUGUUGCUGUUGGCUGGUAUGAGUUGAGUGUUUUUUCUCAUCUCCACAUUGACAGGUUGUACAGUGGGAAAAUUUGUUUUGGUGGGGGGGGGAUUUUUAUCUCUAUGAAAGCUGCACACUUGUGAGAGUGUAUUGUUUCCUUUUUAUACCGUAUGAAAACCAUGGAUACGGGGUACAUGGAAGCGGAACCAAUAAAUUGGAAAAAAGAAUAUUAAUCCACAGACAGGAAAAAGAGGCUAAAACUGCACCUGGACAUGAAUAGCUGAUGCCUCUAUAAAUAAAUCUUUGAUGGUCAAGGACCGUAUGAAAAACAUUGUGUACUAUAAAAUAAAACACCAAAAUAUUGUUAGACAGUAUCAAUUCACAUAUUCUUUAUUUAAGUGAGACAGACGAAGAUGCUGUAUGAUUCUGUUCCAUAAUAGAGUUGGUCCUGUUUCUGAGAUUGUUUCAGAAUGCUAUCAGUUAAGGGGCAUGGAGCUCGCUGGUGAGCCGGAAUCUGUGCUCAGUGCUGUACAAAUGUUAUUUAUAUUUAUUAUUAUUGCUAUCCUGAAAAUAAUGAACAUUCUUAUGAUUUGCAGACUGAAUCAAGUCAAUGGAGAAUUGAAAGUUUCUUACAUUUAGGCCUUUGUAGCUGGCACCAAACAAUCCUUGUAUUUGGAAUAUCGAACAUGUUAGAAAUACAUUUUUUUUUUAAAGCAAGGAUCAACGGGUAUAAAAAAAUGUUGAUAUCGUCAUCAAUAUUUUGUAUGUCUAUCCAAUAACUAUUAUUAUGUGUACAUCUGUGUAUGUAAAUCUAUGCAUUUGUGUGUUUGUUUAUGUGAGAGAAAGAGGGAGAGGAUGUUUGUGUGUGUAUGUGUAUUACAGUGUGUGUGUGUUGACGAGUGUGUGUAUGUAUUUACCAUGCCGCAGCAAGUUUUUCUUUGUGGAGAUCAAUAAAAUCUUCUCUUUGUA